AGCAACUGGCUAUACGGGCGUAACUUCCGCAUAGUGUAGAGUGUCUAGGCUUUGAUGUAACCAGAUCUAGGUCUACAUCUAGUUUAGUUAGCUAGGGGGAACAUCAAGAAAAAAAAUUGAUCUAGAUUCUAAUUGAAUUAAUGAUUUUUUAAAAUGCUUGGCCUCUAUUUUGGGGAAGAUUCAGCAUAUAGCCAUAUGCGAGAUAACAUAGACUGGAAAUGUGGUUUUCUAAUGUUUCUUUUUUCCUUAGCAUUUUUUUACUUAGUAAACAUACUGGUAAAAAAUCGAACUCAACACAAAUUGCCCCUUGCAGAAGAGUGGAAGUGGAGAAACGUUUAUGUCUCUUGGGUACACUCGUUGAUUAGUGCAACUUGGACACUGCUUUGUGUGGUGAUCUAUCCAGAACUAUUUCAUGGCCUCAUUUAUCACAUCAACUACUUCACCUAUCUGUGUAUUACUUUUGCAACAGGUUACUUUGUAUAUGACUUUCUGGACCUGUGCUUUGAAGGAAAGGUUUUGACAUUGUGGGAGUUAACAGCUCACCAUAUUGCAGUUGUCAGCAUGUUUAUCUAUAACGUGGUCACAAAAGCACAGAUUGGAUUUAGUCUCAUUGCCCUAAGUGUAGAGGUCAACUCUGUCUUCUUGCAUUGGAGAAAACUCCUACAGAUGGAGAAGACCCCCUUUAGCUCUAAGCAUUAUGUCAUUAUCAAGUACUUGAAUCUAGCUACAUUUAUAGUUUUCAGAGGAGGUCCUCUUACGAUUAUCACAGUUUCUUUGUUCACUCUACAUGAGCAUGUCUCACUUGUUUAUCUGGUGUGUGUGAGCAUCAGUAUGGUUGUCAUGGACAUCAUCAAUAUUGUGUUGUUGUAUCGCUUCAUCAAGAGUGAUAUCCUUCGAGAUUUGAGACCCGGAACCAAAAAGUCAUCAAGGGCAAAACACCUGAAUGACAGAAAUGGAAAUGUUAUGGACCUUGAGCAUGAUUCAAACUGAUUCCAGUUAGUUAGCACUAGGUGAUUAUAUCUUUUUGGGAAAUAUUCUGAGCUUGAGACUUUUGUCAAAAGUAUUUUCUACAUGUUUGUGCCUUUGAAUAGUCAGUCAUUGUAAGGUAAGCAUUAAUUUGUCCCCCUCCUCUCCCCAUAAAGGCAAAUAUCUUUAUUAUGAAUAAGCUCUACAAAUCUAUAGUUUAAACAAUUUAUUAUUGUAUUGUUGUAUAUUAGGUUCUGCUUAUCAGUUUUUUAAAUGUAUAUUCUAUGCUCAUACUGCUGCAUUCACCAGAUAAGCAAUAUGUGUAUUUCAUUAUUUAAGGUGGUGGCUAAGAAUUAUACACUAUAUUGUUUACCCUGUGCUAACACAUAUUUUUCUUGUAAUUGUCUUAGGUUGUGUUUAAAGAGAAAAAAAAAGUGCAAAAAAAAAUUUAAAUUCUUGAAGCAAUUUAAUUUGCUUACUUUAUGAAAGGUACAUUGUUUGUGUAUCAGUAUUUUGAUCAUCAGAAAGAUAGAAAAGGACACUUCGCACUAUUUAAAUUAAGAAUACUGUUUAAUUUUUUUUUUCUCUUUGGAAUAUUGGAAACCUACUGUUUCAAUGAAUAUGGCCAUAAAUUGUAUGGUAGUAAAAAAAUGCAAUGUAAAUAUUUUACAUAUUCAUUCUUUUCUCCUUUUAUUUUUUCUAAAAGUUUUGAUGUUGUACCAUGGUGCUAAAAAUAUAUUCUCGGUAGUCAAUUGCUUUGAAAAUUUUGAAAGUUUUUAAUAGAAGAUAAUUUUUAUUUUACCUAAAGUAAGUUUAUCAUUAUCAGAAUUUUUUUUUUUAACUUUUAUGGGUUGGAUCACAUUCUGUUUUAAAUAUAUAAUUUUAUUCUCUCUGGAUUUGGGCUGCAGUAGAAUGACUUUUUAAUGAUUGCUAAUUCUAAUGCUAAAUUGAUCAAGCAGAGGAAAAAGAAAAAAACAACAAUGGCUGCAGCACAUGUGGCUGGCCAUAUGUGAGUAUUUUAGUUUCAGUUGAAGAUAUCUUGUAACAGUAUCAGAAUAAUUGGAGAUUUAUUAAUUACUUUAUUGGCUUAGAAUCUUUUGAGAUCCUCAUUCUUCAAUAUAAAAUACAAACAUCUAUUAAUGAUGUUAAAAUAUUCAUUUUUUUAAAUUCCUCCCACCCCCAAAGGGAUUUUUUUGUAUUUUAAACAAAAAUGUGCAUACAUAAACAUCUGUUGUUCAACUGUGGUCAGUGAGUAAUGAAGAAUAAGAAUACACUUCAACAAUGUUCAAAUGUUUUCUUUGAAGAUUGCAUUUAUUGUAUGGUACUCCAAAAGCAAGCAAGACAAAGUACAAUAUUCUCUCUUUAAGUUAGUAAGGUUUUUUUGUUGUUUUUUUAAAUACUAGCUUGUUGAAAAAUAAAUAAAAAUAAAUAAAUAUAUAUUUAUAUAAAUUGCCUGAUAAAUUUGAUGAAAUCUAUCCACUCAUCUUUCUUCUAUACGUCUCUUGAAGUGUACAGAUACUGGGGUUUAUUAUUAAGGAUUAGGUGUUUUAUACAAUUCUUUUAUCUCUUAUUAUUGAAGACAUUGUUAUUGUAUAAUUCAAGAUCCAAUUAAGUUAAUGUUUUUUUUUUUGUUUUUUGUCACUGAGAUGGAGCAUAUUAUGUUACAAUUGUAAUUCAAUUCUUCUGUCUAAAUUAGCUUUAAAAGCAAAAAUGUUUAUUUGUACUUUCUAAUAAUGAUGAUAUUAUACAUUGGAAAAAUAUAUGGCCACCCUGUCUGAUGGUUUAUGUAAACAUAAACUUAUGAAGACCUACAUCUUAAUAAACAAAAACAUUACUUUUACUAAGUAUUUGUAACUGGCCAGGUUUUUUUUUCUGGAUAACUUCCAUAUCAUGAGAAUAUUGUUAAUGUUUGUAUAUAAUUUUUUUUUUAUUCGUCAUUAAUCUUUGUACUCAAAGACAGGCCUUAUUAUACUUUAUUUUUAUAUCUUAUACAGUCAGUACCUGUGAUUGCUAUUUUGUUUUACCUUCCCCCCAAAAACUAAUCUCAAAUGAUUUACUUUAAACAGGCAGCUCAUGAAAAUAUCUGGCUAUUGUAUAUAAGCCAGUCGUCCUUUUAAUUUAUCUCAUGAUUAUCUAAUUUUUAAUAUCAUCUGUGUCAGAUAUAAUAUAUAAGUACUAUAUAACUUAAAUAUUUGCCUUAAAUGUUUGAAAACUCUGUUCUGGCAUUCGUAGAUUGGAUACAGUUUUCAGGUUAAAAACACUUUUUGAUUGUGGUGUUGUUAAUUUUUUAAAAUUGUCUGCUCUUAUGAGAUUGUCUAAGAUAUGAAAUAUGUUGUUUUUUUCUCAUUUAUAACUGUAAGCAUAGGAAAUAGAUGCUUUGUAUGCCUGUACAUUUUGUUUUUUCUAAUAGGAUGAGGGCUCUGCUUACUGUUGUUUGAGAUGUAAUUAUAUAUACACAAAUAUGCGACAUUCACUGAAUACUACUCAAAAUUAUACCCUUUAGGUAAAGGUAACUUAAAACAUUUAGGGUACUAGGUCAAAUAAUGAUGAAACAACAAUUCCACAAAACCUCCUUAUGCCUUGCUAGAUAAAUUAUCAGAUGUAAUUAUAUAUAUAUUUACAAAUAUACCACAACCACUAAAUACUACUCAAAAUUGUACCCUUAGGGUAAAGCUAACUUAAAAUAUUUAGGGGACUAUGUCAACUAAUGAUAAAACAACCAUUCCAUAAAAACCUGCUUAUGCCUUGCUAGAUAAAUUAUCUCAUUCUUUUUAAUUAUGCUUUUUUCCCCAUGGGAUUUUUAAAAAUGUGUAUUUUCAAAUCUCUCUCUAUUUUGUGACAAGUUUGACUGUAACUUUUAUGAUUUACUCUCUAGCUAGACAUUUGGUUUGCAUACUUUCUUUUCUCAUUCAUUUAGCCCUACUCAUUGGUUUCUAAUAAAACUGAAAGACUGACAUUUGCUAAGAAAUUGUUAUUGGUAUUAAUAUAAUAUAUACAACAAAGCUAUAUAAUACAUACAUAAAUAUAUAUAUAUAGAUAGAUAUAAAUAUAUAAUAUCCCUUUACAGCAUUCCUGUUAUUUUUGUUCUUUAACAUAUCUUCCUUGCCAUUUUUUUGUGCCCUAAAUUGACUCCAGUUUUUUUUUUUAAUUUAGUUUGCAACAUCAGCACAUUGUUUUUAAGAUUUAAAUUUGUUUCUUACGUUUAGUGACCUAGUAAAUUGUUUUUGAAUCAGCCAUUCUUGGAAAACAUCAGUGUCUAUGAAUAGAUUGGACUUUUUAAUUAAUCUUUCAUCAGUUGGAAAUACACAAUAUUUUUUUUAUGUUAUGACAAGCUACUGUAUUCACUAAAGAUGCUUUACUUUCUUAAAUUGUUGUAAUCUUUUUUUUUUUAAAGAGACGUUUACAUUUUUAAUUUGCCUACUUCAUUUGAAACUAGGCAAAAAAAAUGACUUGGAGGAAAUAAAAGUGUUGUUUAUUUUCUUUUAGUAAGUUGUCCAAAACAUUAUUUCUAGAAUGAUUGUUUGCAUAGUUAGUUACCCCCCACCCCUUUCCUUUCCCUAAUACCUGUGAUAUGAAGUUGAACUUUUGUUUUCAGCUCUACAAGCAAAGGAAGUCUCAGAUGAAGUAAAGAGUGAUGUAUCUGAGAUCUAGAUAUUUGUUUCCAUGACCAAAUUGCAUAACAAAUCUAACUAAGAUCUUCAUAUGAAUUACAUUUUAAUUUCUGUAACUUUUUUUUUUUCCAUGCAUUAACUAUUUUUUUGCUUUACAUGAAAAAUAUGUUUUCCAAGAAGGCAUUAGCAAUUUUAUAUAUAUAUAUAUAUAUAAUUUUUUAAGUUUAUAUAAAAUGUUAAGUUUUUUAUGUUUGGUUGAAGGAUUGGCCCAGUAAUACAACAAUAUGUGUAGAUCAAGAUUUGUAAUCAGAAGAUGUGAUAAAUAGUUUUCAAAUUUUACCCAUCAUUAUAACUGGACCAUCUGUCAGUUUUCAAAUUUUACCAAUCAUUAUAACUGGACCAUCUGUCAGAACUAUCUUCCUUGCUUAAAGGAAUUUUGAGAUUGACCUAAUAUACUGUGUUAGCUACAAAUCAAAAUCUGUUUUAAAUUGAAUGAUGUUUUAUUAAAUCACCCAGUGGUUUGUUCUGAUCUCUGCUCACUAUUUUUAUAACAUGUUUGUACAGAUACUGUUAUUAUUAUGAAACUGCCAUAGUAUAAUGGAUCUAGAUAGCUGUGACCCCCCGUAAAAGUUUUAUAGCAAACUUAUAUUUUACUUGCAGGGAGUUGAAGAUAAUUUACUUCCUAGUCCAAACAGCCCACAGGACUACGGGGGAUGGGAGCGGGCAGGGUUUGAACCCAGGACCAAUGUAAGUCUGAACAACACAGUCUAUCGCAUAAACCAAUUAUUGUGUUCUUUUAAUAUGAAGCUUCAUAGCAACAGGACGUGGUCCAGAUUUACUAAUCAUUUACUUCUCCUGGACAACAAUGUCUUCAAAGAUUUUAGGACAUUUCUAAUAGCCCUACCGUAUCCCCUCUGACAGGCAACAAACUUGGUAUGCAUGACCUGCACUGGGGAGGAGUUAAUCUAAUUGAAAUCCAGAAAUGGGCAGUGAGGGUUACACCUUGGUUUGGAGUGUAUUGUGUAUUUUUUGUACUUUACUUUAAUAACAUUUUGAGAGUUUUGCAUCACGGAUGUAAAACUCAUCACAAGAACCCUGAAAUUAAAAAAAAAAAAUAUUUUCUAUAUAUAUUAAUAUAGUAUACCGGUACGUAUAUCUUUUUUUUUUACAUUCCUCUUCUGUAUACUUGUCACUAACAUAGUAACAUAUUUCCUUUAUGAUUACAUUUUCAUUCUGUUUAUGUGCUCUUAGUGGCUUCCCUUUCCUCUGAAUAGCUUCCCUUUAAUUUCUGCUGUUAAUAAGCCACACACAGCAAUUUGAUAGAACUUAUUCCCUUGCCACAGUCAAGUAAAUAUGAGUUAGUUUUCUGUAUAGGUCUGGGGGUAUAAAAGCUAGGUUGUAUUCUACAAAUAUCUUUUAAUAUUUAUUAUAUUUUUAUAUUAUUAAUGUUAAUACUAAAAGUCAUUUAAGACAAAGUUGCAUUAUUUGUUUUUUCUUUUCCUGAGGACCAGAUGAAAAUAAUUCUAUUAUACAUGAUGUAUCAAUGCAAUCCAAGAAUUUUUUUCAUAUUUAUCCUUUUUUUUUUCUUUUUAAAUAAUCUUCUUAUGUAAUAUAGUUCUUUUUUUUAUUUCCAAUUUUAUUUUUUUUUUUUUAUAUUAAUAAUUUAAACAAAUGGAGCAUUGACCAAAUAUAUGUAUUCUGCAUCUGUGUAUUCGCAGUUCUAAAUCUAUUAAUAGCUCGAAAUUCAAAACCUUUGUCAAUGUGCUCAAGUAGUAUUUAUUUUUCUUUAUAAACAACUCUUUUUAAACUGUAGGCUAUGAUAGUCUGUGUGAAUAAUUGUGACAUGUUACUGGAUGGCGUAUAUUCAAAAACAUCUUUACUAUUUUUUAUUUUGUUUGUUUUAAAAUACUUGUGCCUUUUUCGCUAGAUGUUUGCUAUUUUUAUAUUAUUUCUUUUGCAAACAUAUACACGUUUUGUUUAUACCAAUAUACAAUGUACUAUC